ACCGCUAGUAAUAGUAACUGCUGCUCUGACGUCUAAAUGGCGAGAUUGCUGUUGUAUCCCUGAUGGUACAUUAUGUGUUAGUAUUGUAUCAAAGUCGAAACUGUUAAUAGAUAUUGUAUUUUAUCUCUGUGUGUCUGUGGUCUGUGAUUGUUACAAACAUUCCAUGUCUUCCUGCUGUUGCUUUGCUCAGCUUACACGACAGCGGCGACUUAUUUCUAUGUACAACGUCAACAAUAAUAAUAAAUUUAUACUCAAUUCGUCCCUCCGAACAAUUAUAAAAUUCUUAUUGCCUAAAAAAAUUGUCUGUAAACAAAAAACACCAAUUAAAAUAAAAAAAUUAUUGAUUUUAAGUAUUAAAUAAAAAUUAAAUGAGAUAGUCUAUCAACAUCUUUUCCGUGAUCAGUUUUAAAAAAUUAUUUCUAAGUGAAACCUCCGACCCAUAAUGCAGAAAUAGUUACAAAUUAAUAGUUUUCAUUGCCAAUGCUAAGUGUAAUUUUGAGUUAAAUAACAAAAAGAAAAACAAAAUCACUUCAGUUUAAUGUGCUCAAGAUAAAAUGUUCCAAACCAAAAAUUUUCAGCAUCUAAGUUCAAGUUCAAAAUAGGGGUUUACUAUCGUUAAAAAUAAUACAUAUUGUGAAAAUUGAUGCAUGCACAAAAAAUAAUAAAUCCGUCGGCAAAGCAGAAUCGCGAAAUGCAAGUUUAUUUUGUAUGGUGUGAUUAAGAGAUCAUUAAGAAUAACCCACCUUCGGGCCAUCACUUUGGAUUUAUAAUACCUUUACCUACAAAAAACAUAAUCAAGCUAAAAUUGUUAUUUAAAACACGAAAAAGUAAUCUGAUCUAGGAGGAUUUACAUAAUAAUAUUCCACCAAACGCUAUUUAUACAUUAAAUAAAAAUGGAUGCAUAUGCCUUACCAACAUACUUUCCACUAGCUUAUUCAGAGUUACAAUACCUGGCAUCAAGACGUGUUGCAGCUGUAGCAGCAGCAACCACAGCCUUACCUCCGCCACCUCCGCCACAGUCCACAUCAACGGGACCUGGACAGACCGGGCUUAGCCAAGCACCUCAGACACAUGAUUUUCAUCCAGCCUACAGGAUUCCUGGAUAUAUGGAUCAUCUUUAUUCCCUUCAAAGAGCAAGUCCAACCCCAUCCUUUCACGAUAAUUAUCUUCCUAAUUUUGCGCCAUCAUUCCAUUUAACAGGGCUCGGUCUGAACUCAGAUUACUUGGGGUCACGCGGUCCUUUAGGUGAUAUUCACCCGGCUAGUUCGUUGGCCAGCUCAGAUUUUCAUUUUAGCAUAGAUGGCUCCAGACACAACAGCCCUCGGCCAGGAAGUAUCCGGGCAAGCAUAAGUCGUAAAAGGGCUUUGUCAUCUUCACCAUAUUCUGAUUCAUUCGAUAUCAACUCCAUGAUAAGAUUCUCACCGAAUUCACUUGCGACAAUUGUUAAUGGAUCAAGAAAUAGCAGCACUAGUGGAUCGUAUGGCCAUCUAUCGGCUGGGGCUAUUAGUCCUAGCUUAGGAAUACAUAGCAGUAUGACACCACAUUUGCAACAACUGCAAGCACAUCUGCUACGCGCUGGAGCGGGACUUCUACAUCCAAUUCCUACUCAUCACACGUCGGCCGGUACUGGAAUGUUCUCCCUUGGCCAUCAUACUUUGCAGGGACCCGGAAAUACAAUAUCGAAGUCUAUUCAUUUUGAGGAAAUGCCUUUAAAAAACAUUGAACAGCCAUCAUCAACCACCGGAGUUGUACAGGUUGAAGCUGAUAGUGCUUCAAAUCCAUUAGAAUUAUCCAGGCGAUACCGUUGCAAGCGUGAAUCAAUUUUGACCCCACAUCAUAACGAAAAUGAUAUUCCUAGUGUUGACACAACUGAUAUAAAAGAUGAACCUGGCGAUUUUAUCGAAACUAAUUGUCACUGGCGUGAUUGUGGCAUAGAAUUUUCCACUCGAGAAGAACUCGUUAAGCAUAUCAAUAACGACCACAUCCAGGUCAACAAGAAGUCAUUUGUGUGUCGUUGGGAAGAUUGUUCUCGCGAUGAGAAACCAUUUAAGGCUCAAUACAUGCUUGUGGUACAUAUGCGUAGGCAUACCGGAGAAAAACCUCACAAGUGCACGUUUGAAGGAUGCUGCAAGGCAUACUCUCGUUUGGAAAAUCUAAAAACACAUCUUCGGUCACAUACUGGUGAGAAACCGUAUACCUGCGAGUAUCCUGGCUGUAGUAAGGCCUUCAGUAAUGCCUCUGACCGAGCCAAGCACCAAAACCGAACGCAUAGUAAUGAGAAGCCUUACAUAUGCAAAGCUCCAGGUUGUACUAAAAGAUACACUGAUCCAAGCUCCUUAAGAAAACACGUGAAAACUGUUCAUGGUGCUGAAUUCUAUGCCAACAAAAAACAUAAAGGGUCUUCUGGUGAAGGUAGUAAUGAUGAUGGGCCAAGAAUCGGGACAAGUCAUAUAAUCGAUUCCAGUCCACAUAGUGAUGACAUGCAGUCAGGAAAAACAACGAGUCUAUCUAGUCCUAGCAUCAAGUCCGAAUCAGAGGCAAAUUCUCCCGGACAUCCACCUAUUAACAGUCCCAUGAAUGCUUCUCAUCGCGUUCUUAAGGGUAAUGCUGACGAAUACGAAUGUAUAACGUUGAACACACCUAACAGUGGAGAUAUUAUGGAUAUGGAAGACCACAGCAAUUGGCCAUAUGAAGAAGAGGACUUCGAGGUAGCUGAACUACCACUGGUUUUACGGGCCAUGGUUGGGAUUGGUGGUGCAGUCAGUGGAGGAGGUGGUAUCUCAACGGCCAGUCCUCGUCAUCGUUUCCGUAGUCGCCUCCAGUCGAAAGGCAUGAACCCCACACUUUCAAAUAUACCAGAGCUAAAUCGUUGUAACAUUGGCAUUGGUGAACUGAACCAGAGAAUAACAGACUUGAAAAUGGAACCUGGCAUACCAACUACCAGCGUUAUAUCCAAGUUACCACCGCCUCAAAAUCCGAAUAUGACAGAACUGCAAACUCGCCUGCAAAAUUCCCAGUACGUACCGAAUCCCCUAUUGCGCAGAGAUAGUAGCAAUUCAAAUGCUAGUACCUAUUACUGCAGCAUGCGCUCCAUCGAUACAAGCCGGCGUAGUAGUCAAUUAUCACAGCUUUCAUCUAUUUCAACUAUGCGUCCAUCUUAUAAUACGGGAUCAUUUUAUGAUCCAAUUUCGCCGGGAUGUUCCCGUCGUUCUAGUCAAACGUCAGUUGCAAUCACAAAUGGAAACAGUCUUCCACCGCAGCCUUCUUCGCAUUUAAUAUCAACACAUUUGCAACGCUUACAAAGCAACAAUUUUUGUAAUUAUUCAAGCAAUAAUGAUUGUCACGGUCGUUUUUCAAUACCAAAUCUUUCAACGCAUAAUGUCACCAACAACGGCUCGGCACAGGCAUCUAUGGAUCGCCGAAGACAAUCUGAGCCAACAAUAAAUAAGAGCGUCGAAGGAAUUACACUCUCGCCGUUACAAUCGCUAAUUAUGAAAUCCAUAACUCACAAAAGUAGUGCCAGAUCCAAACAAACAGGUUCCUCCAGGGAUCACCAUCCAAAUGAAGAAGUGAAUUUAGAUGAAGUUGAGGAGGAUGAAAUGGUCGAAAAUAAGCUCGUCAUUCCAGAUGAAAUGCUUCAUUACCUGAAUCAGGUAGCUGACAAGCCCGGUGAUCAAAUUUGUUUACCCGAUUCCGAACAAGUAAACCGAACUGCAACUCCAUGCGCUCCGCAAGAAUCACAAUCUCUCAAAUUCAACAACUGGCCACUUAAUUCCGUCCCAGUACAAACAGAGCAGUCACAACGUUCAACUACAUUAUAUCAACGUAGUUCAUCAAAUUUCAGUGCCUUAAUCCCAAGACCUCAAUCACACGAAAUCCCAGUGGUUGAAAGAUCUCAUGUGCCACAACAAGAAUCUGAGCCAACUUGUACCCUACGUUUGCAUAGUAACAUGCAGGGAUUAGAUUGUGGGUCACAAGCGUUGUGUAAUUACUAUCAACAACACCACGAGCAACAGCAACAUGGUCAGCCAACCACUCCAACCCAUUUACACAACUGCCACCAGUUCCACAGAACGAACGCUUCGUUUUGUAGUCAACAACAGGUGCAGCACCCGCCAAAAACCAUACAACACCAAUGCAUACAUUCUUGCAACCAUAUCCCAGAUCACUUUCACAAUACGGGCAACAGUGCCUCUGGUGCUUGUUCCACUCGUGCUAACGACUGUACAUCUAUUUUAAAUCCAAAUAGCUUUUAUGAUUCAACGAUGAAGAGCCUUUCAGACUUGAAGACUGCCAAGUGCAUAUAUUAUCAUGAACAGCAACCUAGGCAAACCUCUGCCUUACAUGCCCACCACAAUCGGAUAUACGGUUUCCAUUUCCAGGGACCACCGACAUCAGUGCCUUUGCCUUCAGCGCAACCCAAGGAAAUUCAGUGUGGAGACAUAAGCCAGUCCCAGAUGUCACCAGCCAUUGCUCCUUCGAUCCCACCAUCAUGUAACGAUGUUAACAUUGGAAAUCCAUGCGUUGGUAACCCCACUACGAGACCAGUAAAUAUUUCUACAAUAAAUUCUUCAACAACGGUGAAAGAGCUUCCAAACAUCCCUCAGGAAGCCCAAAUCGAGGCCUAUAGCAACGGAAUGCGGCAAGAUACCUAUCAGCGUACCCUUGAAUACGUACAAAAUUGUCAGAACUGGCUUGAAAAUACAACGCAAAUUGUAACCAGCUCUACACAUCCAAGUUCAAAUAUGAUUAUUAAAGAUAUGACAACGUCGCUUAGUUCUCUUCUUGAAGAGAAUCGUUUUCUACAAAUGAUUCAAUGAAGCACAAAAAAACGUAUUACUUUUUAUUCAGCAUGCUUACUUAAAUAAUUUUGUUCUUAAAUAAUAUUGAUAUGUUAUAUAAAAUAAGAAUAUUCAUUGCUUGAAAAAAACAGUGUUACUUAAUUGGUUA